AUGGAUAUGCCAGAGGAGGAUGAGCCUGACUAUGCCAUGGCUGCCAGGGAAGAGACGGAGGAGGAGGAGGAGGAGGAAGAGGAGGAGUUCGACGAAGAAGCCCAUCGGGAGGCGCAGAGGCUGGCCAUCGAGCAGGAGCUGCUGACGGAGGCGCUGGAGUUAAUGCAAGAGCUGGUGUGCCUGUCCGAGAAGAGCCAGCUGGUGUGGACGCCGCACCACCUGUCCCUCGGAACCAGCUUCCUGAGGGAGGAGAGCCAGAUCCUGCUGUGCUGCUACGUCAUCAGAAGCGGCGAGCGCAUCCGCCUGGGUGUGUCCCCCAACCUCCCGGUCGCCGGAAUGAGCUUGGUGUGGUACUUCGUCAAGAUCAAUUUCACCGAGAGAAUCACGGCAGCUAAUUUCAAAAGCUGUGUUCUCUACGGCUCCCUGGCGAGCGACGACCCAACCCAGGUCGAGCACUUCCUCCUGAACGUGUACCAGCCCGUCGUGGCCUCCCGCUCGGCCGCGCCCUCCGUAAGGGACCACUACAACUCCCUCACGGGCCUCCCACGCCUCCUGAACCUCGUGAGUGCCCAGCUGGUUCAUCACGUGGGCGUGACGCUGAACUCGCCCAAGCUGUUCCUCCCGGCGGAGGUCCUGGCACUCCCCGAGGACGCUGACAGCAUCAGGGCCAUGCCGCUCGACGUGACCUUCCUGGCCAGGACGGAGGAGCUGGUGCUGCACUGGGUCGAGCAAAUCCACGUCUUCACCUUCGAGCAGGGAGACGCCUCUUCGCCCCUUGAGCUGGGCCUCCUACACGAGAUUCGACAGCUCUCGAGUAAAGCCGGCCUGCUGGAGGAGCUGCAGGCCCUCCUGGAAGGCCCCAGCGUGAGGAAGGUCGUCCUGUACCUGGAGGCGCAGAGCUCCCCCUUCACGCUCCUCCUCAACCAGGCCGUGAACAACCUCAAGGCGGUGCAGCUGCGCCUCCGGGAGACGGGCGGCCAGCUGCUGCACCUGGAGUCGCCCCUCGAGCGCCUCUACACCGACUCGGCGCAGGCGCUGACGGAGCACAUGUACGACGUCCUGGCCUACCUCAGGAUCAUCUGGACGCACUCCAACCACUACCACAAGCCGGAAGUAAUGACCGAAUUGUGCGUCCGUGUGUCCUGGGAAGUGACGAGGGCGUGCCAGGUCCACCUCCCCCUCGACAGCCUCUUCUCCCCGCCCUCCAGGACCUCCUCCGCCGCCUCCGCCUCCGCCAGCGCCUCCUCCAGCGGCAGCAAGUCGAGCGACGAGGCGAGGGAGUCCCUGACGCUCGUGGAGGUGGCCAUCAAGUCCUGCAACGAGUGGAGGAACUGUUAUGUGGAGCUAGCAACCCACUUCGGAGAGCAAGACUACCCGGAGGUCUGGCUGCCCGACACCUCGGCGGUCUUCCUCCCCGUCGAGCUCUUUUCCAGCCGCUGCGAGGACCUCAAGUACAUCGGGCUCAGCAAAGUGCAGCUCACCAGACACGGCGACGAGAUGUCGGUGCGGGCGUCGGGGGCCGGCGAGGGGGGCGCCGAGGGCGAGCUCCUGGAGGAGGAGCUGUCGCAGGUGGACCGGGUCCUCGAGGACGCGCUCAGGGCCGUCGGGAGGCGCUGCCACCUCGUCUUCAACCUCACGUCCAAGGAGUGGCUCAAGCACUUCGACCGGUUCCGCGAGAGCAUGGAGGAGGUGGAGCGGCGCUACCAGUGCGUGAUGGUGGCGGCGGUGCAGACGGUUGAGUCGGCGGCGCAGGGGCUGCGUGUCCUCAACGUGUUCAAGCCGCUCGCCGCCAGGAAGUCCCUCUUCUCCGUUUUCUACGUUAUGAUCGACCAUAUCCUGAACCUGUUCGAGCGCGACUUCGAGGAGGUCGAGAAGGAGUACGUGUUCCGCUCCAUGAAGGUCGGCAGCAGCGGCUUCUACUUCUCCAGGAUGGCCAAGUGGGCCACCGACACGCGCAAGAAGCUCGAGCAUGAAGUCAAUCUCCUGAAGAACCAGUCGUGGCUGCCCUACUACCCGCGGCUGGACACGGUGUACGAGCGGUGGGCGAGGACGGUGGCGCUGCUGCAGGGCGUCGUCCACAACAUGUACGCCGCCUGGAACGCCUCGCUGGAGCCGCAGCCGUCCAGGAGGCUGACGGCGCCCGUGUUCGUGUGGAAGCCAGGCCCCGUGCAGAACAUCCAGGCCAAUUUCGAUGUCCACCUGAACAAGAACCUGGAGGAGACGAAGGCGUGGAAGGAGAUGGGCUUCGAGGUCCCCGAGAGCCUCAACCACGUCUUCCAAGAGAGCGAGGUGUACCUGAGUCUCAAGAAGCAGGUACUGGAGUGCUGCGGGAGCUUCAACAGCUUCAUGACCCGGAUGUCCCGCCACGAAGCGCAGAUGUUCGAAGGCCAAGUGGAGAAGGUGGUCCGGGCCUUCUACCCCGGCCUGUCCUCGGUCACUUGGGUGCACCGUCAGCAGGCCUCGGCCCUGCUGAGCAAAUGUAAAACCAUCGUCGACGCCUUCCAGGCCCAGCUCUCUUACUACCUGACGGUGAAUCAGAAGCUCUCGUCGACGCUAAUGGAGGCGAAGGAGCUGGUGCUGUUCACCAAGAACGAUGAAGUGAUUUACGAGAACGAGGGCUUCCAGGAGGACUUGGAGCUCCAGCGGGUCCGGGCCAUGAAGGAGGUGAAGGAUGCGUUCCUCCAGAUGGAACAGGUCUUGGACAGCUUGAACAAAAAGAUGAUUAGCAAAUCUAUCCCCGAAUCCGUCGAAGCAUGGACGGCGUAUGUCUUCAGGAUUGACAACCUUUUCUUGGACUGCCAAAGGGAGAUCCUGAGGAAGUCCUUGCUCAUGUUCGAAGGGAUGCUGAUGGGGUCCCGCAGCUGCCCGACUGACCAGCUGGCUCCAGUCUUCAAGAUUUCUGUCCGCCUUCUGGACGGGAAGAUCGUGUGCACGCCAUCGGUGAGUCGAAUCUCACAGUCUGUUUCGCUGCUGCAAAAGGAGUUCUCUGAGAGCCUGAGCAAGAUCCCCUGCCUCUUGCGGAAAUUUGCAAUGGAGAAAGCAAAGGAGCACGACCACUUAGAAGCACUGCGAGAUGAAAUGUGUGAUAAACUUCAGACGAAACUGACGGAAGAGUUUGAGAAGCAAGUAACCACUUUGAAAGGGAAGUUGGAAGAGUGGCAGCAGUAUCGAGACUUAUGGGAAGUUGACAAGGCAGAAUUUUUCCAACAUUACUUGAGCUGUGCCAACAGUGUGUACAUCUUCGAAACUGACAUCAUGACAUUUGAACGUAAGCUCAAUGAGAUUGAAGGCAGUAAUGAUAACAUAAAAGUAGGGACUUUCUAUGCAAACUGUGAGGAGUUGAAGGUACAGCUUUCAACCCUCUGCCGUUCUUGGAUAUCAGAAUUUGAAAAUAACCUUUUCAAAAUCGCAUCUGAAAAGCUGGAUACUCUGUAUAGUUAUGGCCAGAAGACCAAUGCUCUUCUGGAUAGUGACCCAAAGGACAUUCCGUCGCUCCUUACAGCAGCUGACGAAUGCCACCUUGCUAAGAAGCAGUUGGCCUUGUAUAGGGAAGAAUUCACACCAGUGAGGGAACAGUUCCACGUACUAAAGAAAUACCGCUAUGUCAUCCCUUCUGAUGUGGAUGAUCGUCUUGCUAAGCUGGAAAAGGAAUGGGAUUCUGUAGAAGCUGCACUGACUAACAAAAUCCAUGAACUGAACACUGACCUCAAUGCACACAGGAAGAAAUUCAGUGAUCGUUCAGAAAUUGUUAUGGAGGAAGUGGAUGCCUUAAAGCAGUUUUUCAAGCAAACGCUGCCAACAAGACUAGACAAAACCAUUCCAGAGGCUAAAGAGAAUAUAGCCAAACUCAAAGAAAUGAUGGACGACAUUGUGACCAAAUUGGAUAUCAAUGAGAAUCUAGAGUUAUUGAGUCUGCAAGUGAUUGAAUUUUCUGAGCUGACGGGGUUCCAGCAUGACCUAAUUGCAGCAGAAAAGAUAUGGCUGUUGCUGGAAGAAUGGCAGACAACGUGGGGAAAGUGGGCAAACUUAGUUGUGUGGGAAGUGAGUGUUGUGGCUCUACAGGAAAUGCUGUCAGUUUACAGUCAGAAAAUUAGAAAUAUUCAACCUUUUGCAGCUUUAAAUUUGGCAAAUAUAAAAGAAGGCACUGUGAUGGGUGAGAGUGAGUGGGAAGUCAAGGAGGAGGUGCUCAGUCACAUUGAAUUAUGCAAACUUCUCGUGCCUUUGACUCAAAAUCUACAAACUGCUAAUCUAAAAUUUCAUCAUUGGGAUCAGAUCAAAUACCUUGUCAAGGCUGACUUUGAUAAGGACUCUGAGAGCUUUACUCUUGGAUACCUUCAAAAACUUAAUCUGACUUCCUAUAAAAGAGAGCUAGCAGAUAUAAUGGUGGAUGCCUCUGAAGAAACGAAGAUUGUCAACAACAUUAGAGAUAUAGAGAGCCUUGCCUCACAAAUUACAAUUAACAUGAGGGCAAUCCCCUCCAUGGGUAUCUCUGUCGUGCAGUCAACUGUUGAAGCAAACUCUACUAUUGCGGAACUCAAUAUGAGGUUGCAGAUUCUGGCUGGAUCACACCAUGCCAAACCCUAUCUAGAUGAGGUACAGGAUAUUCAGAAGAUGCUCUCUUCUAUGAUCAGAUUCCUUGAAAAUGUCGAGCUCCUGCAGAAAAAGUGGUCUGCCUGGGAGCCCUUCUUCCAUGUGAUGGAUGUCAGAUUUCACUUAGUUCAAGCCACGGCCUCCUUUGACUCGCUCAACGACCGCUGGCAACAGUUAUCUGAUGAAAUGAAUACAGAGAAGUUCCUCCAGCCAUUGGCUCUGCAAGACGAACUUCAGGAGGAAGUCAUCAAUGUGUCUGAAGGUCUUAACGAUAUCACUAACCAAAUCAAGCCAUACCUUCAGGAUCGAAGGGAACAGUUUCCACGGUUUUGGCUCCUGUCAGAUGACGAUCUUGUGACGGCAAUAUCCACUGUUUUGGAAGGGGAACAUGCUAAGCCAUACUUGCUGAAAAUGUUUACUACUGUAGCCAAGAUCAAACAGGAAAAGAACAGUCAGUUAAACGCAAUGGAAAUUAUUGGUGUCUUUUCAAAAGAGGGUGAGUUCCUUGAGCUGAACUCUUAUGUCCCGAUAUUGGGGUCCUUUGACACAUGGUUGCGCAAUAUGGCUUCGGGGAUAGAAAACACCCUUAGAGAGGGUGUCAAGCAGUGCAGGAAUAGUAUGAAAGUUGCAGGAGUAAGGGUAGAUGAAGUAAUCAAAUUGUGGCCUCUUCAAGUUAAUGUUGUGGCCUUUCUCUUGCAUUGGACAGGUGAGAUUAGCCGAGCUUUGGCGAAGUUUAAAGGUCACAUGAAUGCUGAACAGCUACAAUCAUUAAAGAAACGUAUUCGGGAUUCUCAAGUAAGACUUGACAGCACCCUUCAAGGUAACCUUUCGAAACUGAUGCGUGAGAGAUUUCGACUCUUUUAUUUGAUUAUUCUACAGUUGAGAGACUUCCUGACAGCAGCCUCAGAAAGUAGGAAGGGCCUAACAAGUGAAGGAGAGAUGCCCUUACGUUACACAUGGGACAAGGACACUGACAAUGUGCUGACACAGUUUGGAACAGCAUCAGAGCUUACUUACUCUUGGGAGUACCAAGGACUAUGGCCAUGCACAGUAUUUACACCUUCGAUUAACCGUGCAAUGGUCAAUGUGGCCCUAGUCCUGGCCCAAGGACUGGCAGUUGGACUCCAUGGAGGAAAUGGCACAGGGAAGACGGAGACCAUAAGGGCAAUGGCUAAUUUAGUGGGUCGCCACCUAGUCUCUGUGACAUGCGCCCCAACUAUUACCUCUUUCCACUUAGCUCGGCUCCUUUUGGGAACAAGCCUGUCAUACAGCUGGCUAGUCCUGGAGCAAGCGCACCUUCUGAACCCAGACGUUGUGCCGGCCUUGGGUGAAAUGAUCCAAACAGUGCAGGGAGCACAGAAGGCAGUUGCAGGAAUCAAAGCUGGAAAGCCUUCGAAGUCACAACAGCAGCCCAUGAAGUUGUUCGAGGGCGUGAAGGUGAAUGUGUCACCCCUUUCCGCUGUAGUGCUGGAGAUGAAUCACAACUAUCCUUUCUCGAGAAACGCUAUGGACAUCCUCAGACGACAGUGCAAACCUGCUGUUACCGUCACACCAGAUAUUCAGUGUGACCAUCGAAAGGCCUUGUAA